ACGCCCGCACGCCAUUUCCGCUCUGGCCUGCCCCCACUGAACGCUUGACCAAAUCCCACGCUUACGCCCCUUCCUGCAGCCCGUCGUAGGCCAGUUCUCGGAUGGCCCUCUCCUACGUGCAGCCCUUGGGCUACAGUAGCGAGUCCUGCGGAUACUGCAAAGACGCAUCGAGUGGCCAGAGGACGCUCAAUUCUCGAGCCAGCUAUUAUUUUUCGUCAAAAAGCUUGUCGGUAGAUGUCUACCAAAGCUUGGUAGAUCGAGGGUGGAGAAGGUCAGGCACCAUCUUCUACAAGCCUGAUGUUCUGCGGCAUUGUUGUCCGCACUACACGAUCCGACUUCCUGCAGCCGAGUUGAAGCCGUCGAAAGACCAGCGGCGAACAGUCAACAAAUGGAAUGACUUCGUUCUAGGUGAGGAAUAUAAAAAAGCCGCCGCCAAGCUGCACCCAGUGCCGAAGGAAGAGAAAGCACGCCUCAAGAAUGGGUUCGACCUCCUGCAGGAAAUUCAUCGAGCUGAGCUCGAACAUGUCAAGCAGCCGCCAGAGCCUGCACACCGUUUCGAGGUGACGCUCGAACCUGCAGAGUAUACAGUCGAGAAGUUUGAGCUCUUUCGCAACUACCAGUCGCACGUUCACAAAGAGAAGCCCCACGAGAUCUCACAGGGUGGAUUCAAGCGCUUUUUGUGCACGUCUCCGCUGCAGCGUACCGUCCGACAAGUGAAUGGCAGGUCUCAGCAACUUGGUUCCUACCACCAGUGCUACCGAUUGGACGGUAGACUGGUUGCAAUGGGUGUACUAGACCUGCUCCCUCACUGCGUUAGUGGUGUGUACAUGCUGUAUCAUUCAGAUUAUGAGAAGUGGCAGUUCGGUAAGCUGAGUGCCCUGAGAGAGACUGUUCUCGCCCUUGAAGGUGGCUACCAGUACUAUUACAUGGGCUACUACAUUCACAGUUGCACAAAGAUGCGUUACAAGGGUGACUACAAACCUCAGCACGUUCUAGAUCCGGAGUCCUAUGGUUGGAACCCCUUGGAUGGCGAGCUCAAAGGCUUGCUGGAUAAGAAGACGUACGUCUCACUGUCGAGAGAGCGUGCACGGCAGGACUCGGCAGCUUCUGUGAGCAAUACAGCUACAGAGUCCAGUGAGCUUGACGAACUCGAAUAUCCACUGCCUACGGCAGCUGAAUCCGGGGUCGCAGUGAAGAACGGAAUGUCCCUCUUCGAUUUGAAGGUCCCUGGAUUUAUGACCAUAGAAGAACUGGACAGUAGACUGGAUCUUGGAGCAACACCGAUUCGAGUUAGAGGCCGGCUUGCUGAGGCUCAACAACUCAUAUCAUGGGACGACGGAGAUGUUCGCCAGCCUCAUUCGAUCAAGGGCUUAAUUGGCGAGCUGAUUGCCGGUAUGGGACCGGAAACUGCAUCCCAGGUCGUGGUCGAUCUUGGCUGAGUGAAACAAGUAGCACUCGUGAAGGCAAGUCAGAUGUAUCUGUGACUAGGUGGGUAUCCAAGCCAAUCACACUCGUACAACCACUCAAGAAUCCCUUAUGCGCUGAGUGUAGCCAAUGAACAUCGUGCAGACUAGCCGUUCUUGAUGACGUCCCGAGGCUCAUUGCCAAGAAAUCAUUACACCU